CAUAAAUGGGUUAGGUUAGGUUGAAACUGCGACUCCGCACAAACCAAUAACUACCUAACAAAAGGAGGGUUAGGUUAGGUUAGAACUUUGACCCGCCGUAGAAUAAAAUAUUCUAUCAUAAAAGUGGUUUAGGUUAGGUUUGAACUGCGGCCCCCGCAGAACGAAAACCGUGAAAAAGUAGGUUAGGUUAGGUUAGAACUGCGACCUCCCUAGAAUAAAAUAGCUAGCAAAAGCAGUAGGCCUACGUACUAGUUAUAAAAAGUAUGUAAAACUUUACGUUAUCACUAAAUGAAAUAUGACAAAAAAUGUUAUACGAUAUAUGUAUUUAUACUUGAUAAAAUUGUAUGAAGUAUUACGUUAUACAAAACUAUAAUAUAACAAAUGUCAUUAUAAAACAUGUCUAUAUACUAUUUGAAAAUUAUAUUACAUUAGGCAUUAUAUCAAUGACAGUUUAGAUGAAAUCACUAUAUAAUAAAGGAAACGUAUUAUAAAAAAUACAUUAUAACAUACAAUAAUAUAUCAAAUGGCGUUAUAACAAAUGUAUGAUAGAUUUUUUAUAAUUAUAUUAAACAUUACACACCCUUCUUAAAUCCAUCCUUGGGUCCGAAGGACCAAUCCUGUCAAAGGAAAUCUCUUGUUCAUGCAACGCCGUGGUUGACCUUUUUAUGCUCUGAGCACACUCAACUAUUAGUCAAAGUAUGUGGCUUGGCCGUUUCACCCGUUUCGCUACCGCCACAUGGGCGCAAGGAAAUACUGGAGCUAAGUAAAGACUGGGACAAAAUAGUUAAAUAUUGCAACCAUCGGAUGACUUGUAUCGUGCAGUGUCUAUAUGAGCAAACCGGAAUUUUAGAUGCGAACGGGCGGUACGUGGAUAGUAUAUUGCUAGAAUGGUUGAAGAUUUCAGUAUUUUCGGGAAAUAUUACCCAAGACCAAGCCACAAAAAUAGCUACAGCCUGCAACAGGGUGAACCAUAACAUUUCUACCAAGGGUUGUGAGAGGGCUAUAGAAGUGGCAAAGUGCAUACAUACAGAAACAAAUAGGGUACAUUCUCCACGGGAACCGGACAGUUUAAUAUACUUGAUAACUAUUGAUUGUCGAAAAUCUCAUCCUGAGUGUUUAAUGUGGUGUAUUUUUGACAAAAUGGAAAUCUUACAAAGGGGCAGUUGGUACUCGGAUUUAAAAAUGCUAGAAUGGAUGAAGUAUGCUAUUGAUAUAGGCAUGCUUACUCAAAACCAAGCCAAAAAUGUCACUGUAUCAUGCAAACGUGUGAACGAGAAGAAGCUAGAACCAUCCCAACUAACACCUGAUAUUUCGUGCGCUAAAGGCGAAGAACUGAAAAAAUGCCUGCUUGCAGAAAUAGACAAGAUAUUACAUAUGAAUAAACCCGAAGACAAGGAACAGGAUACCCAGGUUUGGAGCCGCGAGCAUCCCUGGACGAAUCGAAGCUGCUACGUCAACUUGGGCCCCAGGUGCCAUCUGGGCCCAGCCGCCUCCGUCAUCCCCGGGCACUUACUGCGGAAGCUCAUAGAUAAGACGGAAAAGUGCGACCAAUGCAGCUCGAAAAACAGAAAGGUCGGCUUGGUAUGCACACGAGAUAAAGACAAUGUUUAUCAAGAGAUGGAUAGAUGUGUAAUGCAAAAAAUGAAUUGCCUCGGCGGCCUCGCGGGAGUUCAGUCGACAGGCAAGACAUACGAGUUUACGGAGAUACCGUUCGCCAUCAAGCCGCGCUGGGGGCGUAUUUCGGUCCGGGGUGACGAAGACGCCCACAUCCGCUUUUACGACACCUGGCCGUAUAACCCAAUCCACAGUUAUUGGGUGGUCCUCAACGGCUUCUGGGGCCGGUUAAAGUGCAGGUUGUGGGAGAACGAGCACCCGCCGCCGAAGGAGAUCGAUAACCCCUUCGGGCUCCGCGGCCGUGACGUCUGGACGGAGUAUACCGUGGUGUGGAACAAGACCUCCGGCUGGUUCCUCAUGUCGCAGCCGCGCGAGCCCAGGUGGCGGGAGCACUUCCUUCUUGAUCACGUGUCCAGUAACAUCCCCUGGAACAUCAAGUACUUCGACGUGUCCGGUUCUCGCAACAUCCCUCUGACCUGGGUACUCCACGAUUUACCACACGAUCUCACAAUAAUGAACAAGGGCCAGUGCCGGCCGCAGGACGCCAGCGGGGCGUACCACGAAGAUCAGGACUCGUCCGCGGAGGACAUUACUAAUUAA